CGGGUGCCGUCCGGCCGUCCAGAUAUCUCCCCCUCCCCACCCGCGCAGCUUCCCGGAAGCUUCUCCCCCGAGAUCGACAUGGGGUCGCCGUCAUCAUCCUCUCGAUCGUACCGUCCUAUCCAUCAUGAUCAUCCGUCCUCACCUCCCCCUCCCUCCCCGCUUUAUACAAGAGGCCAGCCAGCGCUCGGCUUCUUGCGCCCCGUCGAUACAGAAACAACGACAGCGGCGACAGCUCUUCAUCGCUUGAUUUCUUGAUCGUCGGAGCAUGGCGGACGAGGGCGCGGGGGCGUACGAGGACCUGCUGCCGGUGAUGGCGGGGCGGCUGGGCACGGCGGGGCUGCUGUCGGAGCUGCGGGCGGGGUUCCGGCUGCUGGCGGACCCGGCGCGGGGCGCCAUCACGGCCGAGAGCCUGCGGCGGAGCGCGGGGGCCGUGCUGGGCGUGGAGGGGAUGACGGCGGAGGAGGCGCGGGCGAUGGUGGGCGAGGGCGACCACGACGGCGACGGCGCGCUCAGCGAGCAGGAGUUCUGCGUGCUCAUGGUGCGGCUCAGCCCCGGCAUCAUGGCCGACGCCGAGGGCUGGCUCGAGGAGGCCAUCGCCGACGAGCUGCUCCCGCCGCCGCCGCCGCCGCCCGCGCCGGCCGCCUGAGCCGUCACCUGCAUAGCUAGCCAUCUUGAUUGUUAUGUACUACUACUUGCGUCGCUACUGACUGUAUGUUUGUUGUAUCGCCGCCGUGUAGUCGCCGUUGUUGUUUGAGUGUUCGUACGUACUUACAUGGUGAUGCUCUUUGAGGCUUCGAGCAUUGCUUUAUUGGUUAAUUUAGCUCGUGCAUGGACUUUUUAGUUCAGCCCGCGCUCCUGGCUCGAUCGUGGUCACAUUUUUCUACCUUCGACCUUCGUUUCUGAAUAUUCCAAUAUGGACCCGAAGCAUGCCAAGUUGUUUGGUUCGAGACAGUGGUUGAUAUCAUACGGGAGCGUGUGUGUGAUCUUUUUCAGGGAAGUUGAUCGAGAUGUUGCCUCUGUUCAUGUAUGAUGUAACAGAGGAAUCUGCUUCUAUGUAGUAUAUAUUUGUUUUUGUUUUC